GGAUUAAAGUUUUGUGCAUUCUUCCGUGCAGAGCAGCAUGCACACUUUCCCAGUCGCUCGCGCCAUGAUUGUGGAAUAGACACGACACGACACGACCUCGUCCACAAUGGUUGCCCACCUCCAUCCGCGCUCGCGGUCGACCAUGUCGCUCUUCAGCGGGUGUCUCGCUGUUUGCUUCGCCGUCGUGGCCGCUCCUCACAUUCUCCCGUGUCCAGUCGACAAGACACAAGUGGCCGACAGUGCUUCGCCAGACGGUGAACCCAGACGACGAAGACGCCGCAAGCAGACAAUUGCCGUGCCCGACUCUGAGCAACAAGACGACAGCGACUCCACCGACACGACCCGCCCAAAGCGCGAGUGUCCUGUACCCAAGCCCAGCGGUCUCAUCGGUCAAGCCAUGGGCUUCAAACCUCAGGAACCACGACAGAAGCCCACAAUCAUCAUACAGACCUUGCGAGACCGCCACGCCAGCCAAGACGACCAGUCAAGCGACAAGUCCCUGUAGAAGAACAAAGAUACGAACAACUCUUCACUCUAUUUCGUCUACAUUUCAUCCUCACGACACAUGCGCCGACCACUACCACUACUCCUCUGGUCUAAUACAUAUAUACCCCCCUCCCGACCUGUUCACUAGACGGCAAAAAACCCCUCAAGAGCACCCACUCCCCGAGACGCCGUGCACUCCUCCUGGCGAGAUGUAGCUACAGCUGCUCG